AUGGGUGAUAAGCCUAUUGAACACGUUGUGCCGCCCUGGAAACUCAAGGCUACCGUUUACAUGGUUAGUUUCUACAACUCUAACCCUGGCGAUCUUCCAUCCAUCGCCUACUCGCCGUUGGAGAGCACGUCACCCUUCGCCAGCACUGUGUACGGCCGACACAAUGGCGGCCUCGGCCAGUUCCAGAUCAUUCGGUAUACCGAGAGCCCUGUAGGGCCGUAUGAUGAGUUGAUCAUCUGUCCGGGCUCCUUUGACUACCCCGUCAGCGAGAACGGGACAACUGUGACGAAGAAAGCUGCGCGAAUCACACGCAUAUAUGUGUCGCAGAAGUAUACUUGCUGGAAUGGUCGCAAGAACUGGAACAUUCCCAAACACCUGGCGCAAUUCGAGUUCCGCGAUCUGCCCGAUGGAUCGACCAACGUCAAAGUCUACCCACACGACACUACGGGCGACCCUACUGAAGCCAACCCCAACCAUACCCCCUUCUUCCAAGCCACCAUAAAGUCUGUGCCCUGGCUACCUUCCUUUCCCUUCUCUCUCGGAUGGUUGCCUUAUAUCGGGGUAGACGUUUCUAUCGUACAGCCGCCGCUGCCCGAAGGGACGGGCAGUCACAAGGAGCUUGUCGGCACUAAUCAAUGGUGCAAAAUCGUACCCAACCAGUCAGGGAAGACAAGCCUCGCAUGGAUAGACCUAAGUCAGCGAGACGAUGAUGGUAAACUACACGGCCAGCAUGAGAGUUUUUGGCCUGGCUUGGGACGUUGGCAGCUGGGGAUCAAGAUGGAGAACACCGAUAUUGUUUUCGGCAUGGGUGAAUACUGGGCCUCGCCCGCCGCCGAGCCAAGCCAGUCGAGAGCCGCAGACUCUCAGCUCUAG